AUGUGGAGUUAUAGACAUCAAAAUUACCUACUUGUCCCAGAGGUCUCAGAGACUUCAUGCCACCUGGGCAAAGAAGUUGGAUCCGAGUGGCAACAACCUGUCCCUGUGCCUUUAGACAGCCUGCUGGUGGAGGUCUCAGGAAUGCUGAAGCACCUGGACCUGAACCACUUCCAACUAAAGGACCGCCCCUUCAGUAGCCUCUUGCCUACCCUAUGCCACUGCUUCCACCUUAGCCAAGUGGUCAUCUCCAGCAACCACAUCUCAGAGCUGGUCAUCAACAAAGAGGCAGCCUUACCCAUCUCCUGCGCUGCUGCUUCUCUUGCUGCUCUCCUGACCCUCAAAGAUAUCAAAGUGAACAUUCAUGGCAGUUAUGACAAAAGUAAAGGGGAAGUAUUUGCCACCAGCGCCUUCAAAAACACUAAGCAAGCCACCGGGGCGCGGGCUGACAAGAGGAGCUGGCCUGAACUUCCGGACCUUUGGGCCUUCCAGGAGAGUUGGAUCCCAGCCACACCAGGAGCUGAAGCCAUAGCCUCAAAGCCUGAGAAGAGUGUGGCAUCGUCUGUCUUUAUCACCAUGGCACCCCCGCACCGUGAUGUAGCUGUGGUUGACGAAGGGAGGCAGAUGGUUUGUGAGGCCUGGUGUGGCCUCCCCUGGGAGGCUCCUGUUCCCAUGAAGGCACCCAGAGCUGGUUUACAAGGGAAGCCCAGCCCCUGGGCACCCCCUGGCAGGGCUGCAGUCACAGUGCCAGCUGCACCUCUGCAGCUCUCCAAUAAAGGAUGCUCACUCCCUCCUCCUGACCUGGACCUCGUCCCACCCCCACCACCGCCCCCUCUGGUGCUCCUGCCUUCUGAAGAAGAGACUCCUGUUCCAAUGGGGGCCUCACUCAUUGCAGACUUAGAGCAACUGCACCUGCCCCUGCCCCCACUCCGACCCCAGGCCCCGGCAGAAGGACCUUCACUCCAGCCUGGACACCGUCCCCUCAGGCCUGGGGAGGAAGAGCUUUCGCCUCCCCCAGCAGAGCCUGUUGAGAGAUAGUCGUCCACAGACAUCUGUGCCUUCUGCCACAAUGUGUCCCCCUAGGAGCUGACUGUGGAGGCCAUGAAGAGGCCGUACCAUGCCCAGUGCUUCACGUGGCACACCUGCUUCCGCCAGCUGGCUGGGCAGAACUUCUACCAGGAUGGGCGACCCCUCUGCGAACCCUGCUACCAGGACACGCUGGAGAAGUGCGACAAGUGUGGCGAGACGGUCUGGGAGCACAUCAUCAGGGCCCUGGGCCAGGCCUUCCACCCCUCCUGCUUCAUGUGUGUGACCUGCGCCCGGUGCAUCGAAGAUGAGAGCUUUGCCCUGGGCAGCCAAAACGAGGUGUACUGCCUGGACGACUUCUAUAAGAGAUUUGCCCCCGUAUGCAGCAUCUGUGAGAAUCCCAUUAUUCCUUGGGAUGGGAAAGAUGCCUUCAAAAUCAAGUGCAUGGGAACAAACUUCCAUGAAAAUUGCUACAGGUGUGAGGACUGUAGGAUCCUCCUGUCUGUGGAGUCCAGGGACAAAGGCUGCUACCCCCUGGACAACCGUCUCUUCUGCAAGCAGUGCCACAUGAAACAGAGUGCUGCUGGGUGCUGCUGA